UCCGUAUUCGUUUUUAUGUUCUAUUUGGUUUAUAUUUAUUUUAAAUUGUUCCUCUACACAUAUUGGGAUCAUUUCAAAAUAAAUACUAUUGAACCAACAUUUCCCUUUGGCAACAUUGGCAAAAUAUUCUUAGGACAAUACGGAUUAGGGGAUUGUGUUAAACAUUUUUAUGACAGUUGUACAGAUAAAUUUGCCGGGAUCUAUUUCAUUUCAGCACCAGCGUUGAUAAUAAAAGAUCCCGACUUGAUAAAACAUAUUAUUGUUAAAGAUUUCAACAGUUUUACCGAUAGAGGGAUUUAUACUGACGAGAAGAAGGAACCAACAUCGGGUCACCUUUUUCGACUCAACGGUGACCGAUGGAAAAACAUUCGUAACAAACUUACUCCCGCUUUUACUUCAGGAAAAUUGAAAAUGAUGUUUUCUAUAAUAACGGACGUGGGAAAUGAAUUAAUACUCUAUUUACAAAAGGAAUGUGCCAACGAAGUGGAUGUCGACGAUACCACUACUCGUUACAGUGCUGAUAUAAUUGCGUCUACAAUUUUUGGAAUAGAAACUAAUAGUUUCAGAAAUAAGUGUAACGAUUUUAUUUUAAUGGCUAAAGACCUUUUUGUUUCCGAAAGUUACAUAAGGAUAGCUAAGGCAGCAAUACAGGCUUUCUUUCCCUCACUGCUGAAACCAUUCAAUCUAGAAAGCGUAAAACAAGCACAAGAUAAGUUCAUUUCCAACAUGGUGGAAGAUGUAAUACGUCACAGAGAAAAACAUAACGUAAUUAGAAAUGAUUUAAUGCAGUUGUUGAUACAACUCAAGAACAAAGGUGUUAUUGAUCCUGUUGAUGUUAAUAAUCCGGCAGUCUAUGAUGGAGAAGACACUAACGAAGUUCGAUUGACGUUAAAUGAGAUCUCAGCUCAAGCUUACACUUUUUUCUUUGCUGGAUUCGAAACGACAUCAUCCACUCUAUCUUUUCUUAUGUAUGAAUGUGCUUUAAAUCUUGAACUCCAGUAUGAACUACAAAAAAGUAUAGAUGCAGUUUUGGACAAAUACAAUGGCACUUUAACGUAUGAGUCAAUUUUUGAAAUGGAUUAUCUGGAUAGAGUCAUAUCAGAAACUCUCAGGAAGUAUCCAAUUUUACCAUUUUUAAAUAGAAUAGCGACUGAGGAUUACAUAAUUCCUGGAAGAGAAGAUGUAACAAUUAAAAAAGGUACAAGGAUUUUGGUUUCUGUCAGUGGUUUACAUUAUGAUCCAAAUUACUAUCCAGAUCCACAGAAGUUUGACCCUGACCGUUUCUUAAACGAAAAAAUUCAAGAAAGACAUCAAUUUUGUUACUUACCAUUUGGAGAAGGUCCAAGAAGAUGCAUUGGAAAGAGGAUGGCCAGAGUAAUGAUUGCUGUGGGUGCAGCGACACUAUUAAAAAAUUUUUCAGUAAAUGUUUGUGAAAGAACUGAAAUACCACCGGAAUUCAAUCGACUGGCUUAUUUUAUAAGAACCAAAAAUCCUAUAAAAUUAAAAUUUAUUCAGAGAUCAAACCCAUGAACUUAAUAUGUGUGCUUCCAAAUAAGAUACCUUUUGUAUACAA